UUAUGCGCUUAUCGAGUUCUCGUCCUCUAACCUCACGACCACAAUCCUAAGAGCAACAAUGCCCCACAGUCAAACGACAGGUCCGUUUCAAAACCUGAUCGGAUGCGGGGGGCCGAUCGAUACCGCAUACCGUAUACCGAUAUGUAGGAACACCGCAGCGUGGAUCCCGCGAGAUUUUUAGAGUCCUUGCUUCCUCGAGUUGUGCUAGGAGAUCGUAGAGCAGUAGAUGAUGCAGUCCGUCGUACAUUGUUUGAGAUCGAGUCUCAGAUAUAAAUGUCGAUCGCUUAUCCCGAUUGAUUCGGCGAUCAUUUACCAGUCCAAGUUGAUCGAUGAUUGUUCCCUUCCUGUCUCCACGACCCGGUGUCCCCUUUAGUCAAUUGAGUUGACUGGACCACAUUUUUCCCUUCUUCUCCAAAAUGCCUCACUCACGCCCCAAGCCGUCCGAAAUCGCGGCCGAAGCGAAGAAGCAUUACAUUCCUUGGCUCAACGCCCACUUUGACCAAUACCCUGCACGUUCCUUUUUCAUCUCCGACGGCGCGACCUUCGCCGUGUCGCCCAGCAAGCGGAAUCACUGGAACCUUUCCAUCGCGGUGGUCGAUGGCGACCCGGUUGACGCAGCACUGGUGCUGUAUCAACAUAAUGCCGCCCAAGAAGCGCUCAAAGGCAAGCAGGCCAGUCUGAUCCCGGUGAUAAAUACUGCCAACGAGAGACGGCCCGGCGGAGAUUGGGAGAGCGGAAUCAUGGCGCCGGAGGAGUGCUUGGCGAGACGGAGUAAUCUGGUGAAGGCCCUGGUGACAGCGUGGUCGGGUCAUGGCGCCGAAUCGAAACACUACCCCAUACCGCCCCGAGGAGGGCUAUACAGCCCAUCUAUCAUGGUAUUCCGCAACGGCCCGGAUCAGUACACCCCCUGGUCCCACCCCCAGAUGCUGCCAGUCAUCUCCGUCGCCCCGGUUCGCCGUCCCCGGCUGGACGAGACCGGCACGCAGUACUCCUUUGAGCAAGAGAAAGACCUCAUGCUGGAGAAGAUGCGCACGGUGCUACGCAUCGCGGCGCACUACGGGCACAAGGACAUCUGCCUGGGGACGUUUGGCGCGGGCGCGACGUUCCGGAACCCGGUGGAGGAGCUGGCCCGGAUGUGGAAGCAGCUGUUGUUCAACGACGAGGAAUUCGACGGGGUGUUUGAUAAUAUCGUGUUCGCCAUCGACAAUGAGGACGCGGUGAAGGAGAGGAAAGGGGGGUUGUCGGAUUUGGCGGUGUUUGAGAAGGAGCUGGCUCCUGAACGGACGCAUCCGACGAGCUACCGGUGACGAAUAUGGCAAGCUCAAAAAUUAAAACGACUAGAGGACAAGAGAGGACUAGAACGAGCAUGGAUAUGUUGCAUCGCAUAUUGUUAGGCAUAGUGUCUUUGAAGCAGUCCGUGGUUUGUACCACAAUGACACCGAUCAAUCACCAAACCGGCGGUA